AUGGUGUCGUACGAACGACGAUGCUCAGGAAUCAUGGCCGCGAAGAAAGAGCUCAUGCGGUUGGAAGCCGAUAUCGAGAAAAACCGAGAAGAAUGUAAUUGGGAGAGAGUCACUGACUUAGCAAGGCAGCGCUUCAAUAAGAACCAGAAAGAGAAAGAUGCAUUGUCCGCAUUCCUUAUCGGAGAGGGAAAACUGGAGUCUUACUUGGAGAAGAAUCCCCCGUCCGAGGACAAGUAUCAGUGUGCUAGAGGAUUUUUGGAUGAAGCGAGAUAUUUCCUUUCUCAGUCUAUCGGAGAACUUGGAGUAAAAUGUGGUGUAGCAAUGGAUGCACAGAUUCUUCUGGCAAAACUCUGCUAUGCUGAACACAAAUUUGAGGAAGCCCUCAAUUUCUACUCCAAAGCUGGACUUGAUAACCUGACAGAAAAGGCUCUACCACUGCGCUCACUGAGGAUGAUUGCUGAAGCUUAUUCCAUCAAAGGUCGUUGCUUGGAGAAGCUGCCACCCCCAAGCACUAGCAAGUUCAGGCAAGCUGAGAGAUUAGAACAAGUCCUUGCAUGCUAUGAGAAAGCAAGUAACCUUGCCCUUGUUUAUGUUCAAGAGGUGGAGAAAAGUUUCCUUGCAUCCUCAUCAGCUACAGCUCCUACAACUGGGACGACAUCUGAUAAUCCCAGAGCACAGUUGGGGGUACUGCUAGAGACAGCCCUAGAAAGAGCACCAUUGUUACUCCUCCAGUCUGGUCAGCUGAAUCGAGCCAUUUCUCAGUAUAGAACCAUCAUGUCAUCCGUGCAGUCAGCAGCAACCCGGCAUGUCAGAUUGAGUCUUCUCAAGAGUUUUGCUCAAGUAUUGCUUCGUGGGAUCUGUCCUCAGAAUUAUGUGCCACCUGAGAUAGUGCCUGAAACUUAUGACAGAAAGAGUACUCUGGACAAGAACAAGAGUCCAUGGCAACCAGAAAAGUAUAAAGGGGCAAACAUGUUUAUACCUAACUCUUUUCAGGAAGAAGUCAUCCUUGUACUCCUCAUUGGAGAGGUCUUGGCUGUCAGAGAAACUGUUCUCAGUCGAAAUCCAGAUCAUGCUGAAGCACGACAACUGGCAUUUGAGACUGCUUGCUCCAUCUAUGACCUCCUGUCCAUUGUUCUUGUGCCGUGGAAAGAAAUAAGUAUUUUAACUGAGUUAUUUGAACGUGCGAUGAAGUUCUCAUUUGAAGAGAAGCACAUCUGGUCUCAGUUUGCACUCUGCCUAUAUAGCAGUGGAUUGUAUCCCAGAUCUCUUGCCACCCUGAAGGAGGCAAUCAGGCUGUCUCCUUCUGCCACUCAUCUUCAUCUUCUUGCUGCCAGAACUUGCUUUGAACAUUUGAACCAAGUGGAUGAAGGACUGCAACACGUACACAAUGCUUUGAAUUGUGAACGAGAGAAGAAUGAGGAGUUCAUGGGCCGGUGCCUUGUUUACAAGGGAAUUGGGAUCUAUAUGAAGAGCCGAGCACAGAAUCUGCACCAAGAUAGAACUAAGCUUCUUCAAGAAGCAGAAGAAUGCUUCCUCAAAGCAGCUGCUGUUGAUGAGGGUGAUCAUCUAGUACAAUUUUAUGUUGCUCUAUUGGCAGCCCACCAUCGACGGAUUUCUGAAGCAGUAAGCCAUGUAAAGGUGGCACUCAGCCUUCGUCGGGAUCACCUACCUUCCUUGCAUCUGUUGGCCCUCCUUCUGUCAGCGCAGAAUGAUAAUGUGGAAGCCUUAUCUCUGACAGAAGCUUCUUUGAAGGAAUAUCCAAAUUCCAUGCCUCUCAUGUACCUAAAAGCCAUUUUGGAGGAAAAGGUUCGAGGGCCAGAAGUUGCAUUACUGACAGCUCGUAAAAUGCUUGCUCACUGGAAAUGCAUCUUUGAGAAGCAGAAUUCUGGCAGUAAUGAAAACAAGCGUCAGGACUCAGGCUUGGACAGCAUUUCCCUAAAUGGAGAGAUGAGAGACCGUGACACAAUCUCAGUGACCGGAAGCAUGGCAGGCACAAGUCAUGUUGAGCAGGCAUUGUCAGAGGUGGCAUCUUCUUUAUCCAGUUACCAGCCAAAACCAGGACCUCAGGGAGUGUGGCUCAUGCAGGUCACACUGUGGUUACUGACUGCAGAACUCUACCUGAAUCUCAAGCAACCUGCAGUGGCAAUGAAUUGUGUUAUGGAGGCAAAUGCCAUCUUUCCUCUUUUUCCCUCUCUCAUGUACAUGCGUGGUCUGAUUCAUGAAGCCAAGGGAGAAUUUGAAGAAGCUAAGCAGAGUUUCUUGAACUCUUUAUCCAUCCAACCAGGACAUGUGAGAAGCCUUCAGCACCUGGGAUUAGCCUACCUCCAGCUAGAUAGUCCCCGGUUAGCAGAACAAACGUUACGAGAAGCAGUGAGACUGGAUCCCUUUGACCAUCGUGUCUGGUACACACUUGGACAUGUGUUGGACCUUCUUGAAGAAACUGAGGCAGCUUGUGAUUGCCAUGCAAAAGCUCUUCAAUUAGAAGCCACAGCCCCUAUUCUCUCAUUCUCUGUGGUCUCUCUUGCCUUUGACUGAGGAAGGCUCCUCAUUAUUCUCAUUCUCUACUCCUUUCCUUAUUUUAAUUGACUUUGUUCUUCCUCUUGUCUCUCUGCUUCUGCAAAACCCAUACCCUUAUACUGUACUAUGCCUUGGUGCAUGGGUGGUAACUGAUCUCAGUGCAAUAUUAUGGAGUGGAUUAUAGUUCUAGUCAAGUUAUGGAAAAGUAUUUUUCAUGGUGCAUAUCAAUAUUCCCCUCAGAGUCAUUCCAUGCUGGUUUUCAUGAUCGAACACAAAUGCAUCUCAUUUGCCUCUGUUGCCAUAUUACCUCCAGAU